CACAUGUUUGUAUAUGUGACCUUUUUGUAUUGAUAUAUCAAUAUCGGGGAUAAUAAACAAUCCCAGUUCGCGCACGUUACCUAUAUUAUUCCUUUAUAUAUUGGAGUCAGAUUAGUAUCCUAUACUAUAACUAAUUAGUUAAUAGUAGUUGAAACGUACUAUGGAAGUAGGAGGAGAAGAUUGUAUUACCAAGGGAUCAUCUGUCCAUGGCAAUGUCAAAGAAUAUUAUGGAAAAACCAUUCUAACAACUGAUGAUAUAAAAACAACAGCAUGUUCGCCAAGCAUUGGUACGAUGAGAGAUUAUAUCCGGGAUACGAUGAAACUGAUUCACAAUGAUGUUAUUGCAAAGUUCUUUGGUUGUGGGAUCACACUUCCUGAAUGCUUGGCUGGAAUGAACAUAUUGGAUCUUGGCAGUGGAAGUGGAAGAGAUUGCUAUGUUCUUGCCAAACUUGUUGGUGAAGAUGGAUUUGUUACUGGUAUUGACAUGACGGAUGAACAGUUGGAAAUUGCAAAUAAAUACAUUGAAUAUCAUCGUAAUGUUUUCGGAUUCGAAAAAUCAAAUGUAAAAUUUGUAAAAGGAUAUAUUGAAAAUUUGAAAGAUGCUGGAAUAGUGGACGAAUCUGUUGAUGUCAUAAUAUCAAACUGCGUUAUCAGUUUAUGCGAAGACAAGCAAUCCGUUUUACAAGAAGCUUUCAGAGUUUUAAAAAAUGGUGGAGAAUUCUAUUUCAGUGAUAUGUAUAGUGACAGAGAACCCACUGAAGAAAUGAAAAAUAAUGAAGUGCUAUGGGGGGAAGGAAUGGGCGGAGCGUUACCUUGGAGAAGGCUCUUUUCUCUUGCACAGGAUAUUGGGUUUGAAAUACCGAGAACUGUCAGUGCACGAAUUGUAGAUGCAAUACAACCUGAUAUAAAGGCUUCAGUAGGUGAUGCCAAGUUUGUCGCUGUUACAUACCGUCUUUUUAAACUUCCCACGAACAUUAUUCGCGAACCAAAAGAUGUUUUGUAUAAAGGCGAGAUAUUUGGACAUGAAGAUGAAAUACAGUUUGACUGCAAGCUGAAGCUUAUUCGAGGCAUUCCACAAGCGACAGACGGUGACACAGCAGCAAUUUUACAAUCUUCAAGAUUUAAAAACGAAUUUUCGUUCAGAAAAUCUGGGAAUUAUGUGCCGUCAUUUGAGGUUGAUGAUCCGUUCGUCCUGGCGGCCUCUAGUGAUGGAAAAAGCUGCUGCACGGACAUAUAAUUUUCUCAAUAUUGUGUAUAUAUGUUGUUCUACUCUUACUGCGUCCUUUAUGUAAUAAGUGAUGCGGACCGAAACAAGUGAUGCGAGUUCCGCUUCUUUAUGCAUUUGAGGUAUAAAAUAUGAGGUAUCACUUUGGCUUGCCAUUGUGUGCUAUUUAAUGUAUUGUCACUGACCAUUUACCUAAAAGCUCCAAUAAAUUUACUAGCUACUACUACUUUAGCCUUUGCC